AUGAUGGGCUCGGUGCUGCCGGCCGAGGCGCUGGUGCUGAAAGGGGCGCUCAAGCCGCCCAGCCUCUCCCUGGCCGAGGUGAUCACGUCGGAUAUCCUGCACAGCUUCCUCUACGGCCGCUGGAGGAACGUCCUGGGGGAGCAGCUGCUGGAGGAGAAGAGCGCCGGCGGCGGCGGGGCGGCGGCGGCCGGGGGUGGCGUUAGCAGCGGCCACGGGAACCCCAAAACGGCCUUCACGGCGGAGGUCCUGGCUCAGUCCUUCUCUGGGGAAGUCCAGAAGCUCUCCAGCCUCGUCCUGCCCUCGGAGGUCAUCAUCGCCCAGAGUUCCAUCCCCGGGGAGGGACUGGGCAUCUUCUCCAAGACCUGGAUCAAGGCCGGCACCGAGAUGGGACCCUUCACAGGCCGGAUCAUCUCUCCUGAACACGUGGACCUCUGCAAGAACAACAGCCUCAUGUGGGAGGUCUUCAAUGAAGAUGGGACGGUUCGAUACUUCAUUGAUGCGAGCCAGGAAGAUCAUCGCAGUUGGAUGACCUACAUCAAAUGCGCCCGGAACGAACAGGAACAGAAUUUGGAAGUGGUCCAGAUUGGAAACAGCAUUUUCUACAAAGCCAUUGAGAUGAUCCCCCCAGAUCAAGAACUGCUGGUCUGGUAUGGAAACUCCCACAACACUUUUUUGGGCAUCCCUGGAGUGCUGGGGCUUGAAGAGGAGCAGAAGAAGAGCAAGCACGAAGACUUCCAUGUGCCCGAUGCCGGGAUCAGCACCAUCGGCCGCAUGCGCUGUGUCAUCUGCCACCGGGGCUUCAACUCCCGCAGCAACCUACGUUCCCACAUGCGCAUCCACACGCUGGACAAGCCUUUCAUCUGCCGCUUCUGCAACCGGCGCUUCAGCCAGUCCUCCACCCUGCGCAACCACGUCCGGCUCCACACCGGAGAGCGGCCCUACAAGUGCCAGGUCUGCCAGAGUGCCUACUCGCAGCUGGCCGGCCUCCGGGCACACCAGAAAAGCGCCCGGCACCGUCCCCCCAACGGAGCCCUGCAGCCCCACUCGCCCGCCCUGCCAGUGCCCCAUCCCACGGCUCUGGGCCACCACAUCCCCACCAUGGUGCUGUGAGGCCGGGGGGGACUCUCCCGGGGCACAGGGGGGGGCGGCUUCCUCCAAGGAAAGCUGACUCUGCACAGUGGGGGGAACGGUCUCCGUGGCCCCCUGGCCUGGUCCCCAGGGGCCUCGGGCUGCCCCCCAUCGGACACACAAGCCUGGGUUAUUGUACAGCCGUCUGAGCUCUGCUCCAGCGAACAGCCGGGGAAGAUGCUGUUCCUGGCAGCCGAGGUUUUGCUUCUCUUGUGGGGCAGCCAGACGAGGGAAGGGUCCUUGUUUUUUUUUUGGAGGAGACUUUUUAAUUCAGCAGGGAAGGAUUUGGAUCAUUUUGGGGUGGGGGGAGGUCUAAGGAAGAAGGUUUUCUGGCCCCCUCCAGUUGGGGAGCUGCAGCUGUUGGGGGGAAGCAAGUUGUGGUAGAGAUGGGACAUCAGAAGAGGUCUGGGGAAGAAGGAAUGGCAAAUUGUGCCCAGUGGUUUCUCCACUCAGGCUUUCCAGAAGUGAGAAAGAAAGAAAGAAAGAAAGAAAGAAAGAAAGAAAGAAAGAAAGAAAGAAAGAAAGAUGCCCAGAGUCAUAUUGUAGGGAAGAUGGGAGCAUAUAAAUUUAAUAAAAAAAAGAAAAAAGAGAAAAAGAAAACAGACAAGGAAAGAAAGAAAGAAAGAAAGAAGGAAGGAAGGAAAGAAAGAAAGAAAGAAAGAAAGAAAGAAAGAAAGAAAGAAAGAAAGAAAAGAUCCUUAAGUCAACAGGAUUGCAGUCUAGGGUUUUUACUUCUUGCCUGGGACUAGAGAUCAUUUCCCAGAAAGGAACUAUUAAUUUGGGGGCAAAUUCUGGAUUUUAGGCAGCCUGUAGUUCUCCCUCCGUUGCUAAUUUCCCAUUUCAGCCACAAGGUGGCAUCUUUCCCUUCUCCCAUUACAGGUAGUCCUCACACUUAUGACCAUUCAUAUAGUGACUACUCAAAGUUACAGUAGUACUGAACAAAGCGACUUAGGAGCCAUCCUCACGCUUAUGACAUUGCUGUGUCCCCUCCAGUCACAAAGUCACAAUCCAGGCACUUCACAACUGGCUCACAUUUACAAUGGUCGCAGCAUCCUGGGGUUAUGUGGUGGUGAUUUGUGACCUUCCCAGCUGCCUUCUGACAAGAAAAAUCGGUGCAGGAAGCCACAUUUGCUUAACGACGUGUAAUUCGCUUAAUGCCCGCAUCCCUUAGUGAUGGAAAUUCCUGUCAAAAUUCCCAUCAUAAGUCGAGGACCAGCUGCAAAUAACAUCAGCCUAGUUGGCAGGGGUGUUGUAUUCCCAUUUCCCCCAAAACACGAAGACCUUCUCUGAAGACUUCCUUCCAUUGUUGGGUCACUGUUCAAAAGGGAUUUUUAAACUAAAUAAAAUCCGUUUGCUUUCUUCCAGUCCCCUCCAAGUACUCACCAGGUUGAACCCUGCUUAGCUUCGCAGCCCAGGCAAGACAGUUGUACUGCAUUGAUCAGAGGGGAAAUCAAUUAAUAAGCUGGUCUCUCUUUUUUUUUAAAUAAUUUUCACCCGCGGCACAAAUUUUUCUGCCUCUCUCCUCCUGCCUGAUGUAAGUUUGUCUGGUGGAUAGAAAAUCGUUGCCCACUCACGUUUAAAACUUGGAGGAGAAAAAAAAAAAGACUUGAAAUAAAAACAAAGACUUUGUUUUAGGAAAGGAUUUUACUCAGCUUUGUAUAUUAGGAUUGCAGCUUUCUAGGUCUCCCCAGAGAGGAAAAAAAAUUGUGCAAUUUCUCUCUCUUGUCAAAUCGAAGUUCUGCAGAGGCUUGGUGCUCACUGCAAUCUUUGGCAUAGAAGAAACAGUUUCUUUACCUGAUUCCCAUCACCGGACCUAAAUGGGAAUCGGGAACGGACUUUUGGUAAAAUACACAUUUUUAAGAAACGCGAAGAUCCCCAGCUGCUUCUGAAAACCUCUCCUUCUGAUAAGGAUGUUUUGAAUCGUCAUACACAUAGUCAAUGGACAGUAAACAAUGGUCACUUUAACCCUGUAGAUAAAAUCAUGUAAAACACCCAUUUGCAAAACAAAACAAUCCCGCCCCAACAUUUUAAUAUCAAUUAUAUAAUAAUUGUAUGAUGUACACAGCUGUAAAUACAUAAAUAUAUAUAAAUAUAAAUAUAUCUUUGUAUCUCUCAUGCUCUUGUAUUCUAAAUAAAGAAUAAUAAUAAAAGACGAACAAAAUAUGACAUUGUGGAAUGAAAAGCUUUUUAGGACCGUUAAUUUACCACGGCUGUGUUCUGGGAAUAAGGGAACUGGUGAUUUCAAGUUCCUAGUCCUCGUUAUUCUGUUUGCUAGCCUGGGCUGAUUUUUCUUUGAUUUUUAAGGAAAGCUCGCACUCACUUCCAAGAUCAGUUUUACAAUUUACUGAAUGUUUCCCAACCUUAGCGACUUUUAACUCCCAGAAUUCCCCAAUAGCAUGCCUAGAUUUUAAUUCCCAGAAUUCCCCAGCCAGCAUGUUCAUCAUAAUGUAGUUUGA